GUCUCCUUCCCGGUGGAUAUAGUGAGAUUUAAACCAACGGCCCCCUGUGCGUCGGUGGCACCCCUGGACCGCCAUGUCACCUCGCCGUGUCAUCUGACUGCUCCCGCUGCACGACCCGCUUCUGAGCUCAGCGUCCCCAGAGCCAUGUCCACCUCACUGCCCGAGGACACGGACAACGUGUUCGACCUGAACGAGGCCGUUCCGGAGACGGAGCUCCUGGACAACAGCAUACAGAAGGGGCGGGCCCAGCUGUCCGUCAAAACCCGGCGGCAUCGGCCUUCUCGCUCGCGGCUGCGGGACAGCAUCAGCUCCACCGAAGGGGACGAGAGUCUGGAGCGAAAGUCGUUGGACAGCCCCAUGCACUGUACCCGCUCCCCACUCCACUCUGCACUGCGCGGCUCCUCCCCCUCCCCGGAUUCGCUGCUGCCCUCCUCCCCCGCCCCACGGCCCGCCUUCACCUUCGACACCUCGCUGGUCCGCCGCAACCUCGCCGAGGACGAGACUCCGCCCCCGGUGCCUCGGGGCCGCUACCGUCAGCUCACCAACACCUCCUCCCAGGAGCCUCUGGGCUUGUCCCCCACCAGCUCCCCCUCCAGGUCCUGCCCGAGCACCGACAGCUCGCCCAUCUACAUCCGCCGAGCACGCCGGCCCGAGAGCGAAGUUUUGGUAACAGAUGACAGUCGGGACACCAGUCCGGCUGAGCCUGGGAGCCCCACGGUGAUCUUCGAUAAAAAGACCAAGAGGAGAUUCAUGGACCUGGGGGUCACACUGCGGCGUUCCUAUGGGAAAGUCAGGAAGGAGAAGACCAACCGAUUCAGCAUGGGAAGCCGGGAGCCCUCGGAGAGCCCGUGCCGGUCUUCGGGGUCGCCCUUCGUGCCUUUCUCCUGGUUUACAGACAGCGCCCGGGGCUCGGCCUCCUCCAACAGCACCCCCUCCUGCUCCCCCAGGAUGGUGUCCCAGAGCGGCAGCCCCCGCAAGUCCAACUCCCAGGAGUCCACCCUCAGCGAGGAGUUCUCCCCGCGGAGCCCCCGCCCGUCCGGCGGGUCAGCGGCCGAGUCGCGCUCCUCGCACCCGUACCAGACGCUGUCGCAGUCCUCCGACGAGCCUCUGGAUGAGCCCCUGUGCUUGGUGUCGGCCUGGAGCACCCAGCAGGUGUGCCAGUGGCUGAAGGGCCUCAACAUGGAGCAGUAUAUCCCAGAAUUCACUGCCAGAGACAUCGACGGAGAACACCUACUGCAGAUGGACGGGACCAAGCUUAAGGGUCUUGGCGUAAGCAGCUCGACGGACCGCAGUGCGCUGAAGCGCAGACUGAAGGAAAUGCACGCUGCGGCGGAGAAGGAGCGCAAGGCCCUGGACAAGCUCGAGAAACAGAAGGAGAAACAGCGCAAGAAGGACCAAGAGCAGCACAGGAGCUAGGAGGCCACAAGAUGGCGCCACAGUCCCUCUAGUGCGGUCUUUUUUUUUUAUCAGUCUCGGACACACACACACUCAUACUGUACACAUGCACAAAUCUACAUGCACACACACACUCAUACUGUAUACAUGCACUAAUCUACACACACACAAACACACUGAUGCUCUACACAUGUGCAAAUGCACAUGCACAUACUCACACACUCAUACUGUACGCAUGCACAAAUGUACAUUCAAGUACUCACACACAAAUAAAUUCUCACUCAUUGAUAAACACACACUCAUAAUGUGUGCAUGCAAAUGUAAAUGCAAGCACGCACACAUAUACGCAAACAUGCUCCAACACAAGGAAACAGGCAUUCAGACAGAGACACUGAUUCAUAUGGCUGAAAUAACACCCCCCCCCCCUCUCAUUUCUCAUUCAUAUUUCAGAAGCACAAUGCAGUGAAAGAACAUCCAGUGAAUAUCCAGAUACUUCACCAUUUUAUUUCCUCCAUUCUUUUCAUGUCGUGCUGGUUGCAAGCAUGAAGAGUUUCCGAUCCUGAUGAACAAUACUAAAGGGGAAAUAAUUACUUUCAUUUGAGUUAAUACUGACUUAUAAUGACUUAAAAUGGCUUAGUAAUGACUUGUCUUCUGAAUGAGGAGAGCCCCCUUCCGGGGGUAACAGGUCAGAGGUCAGUUUGUACGCAGGGGCAAGGACUUGAGAAUUUUUGGAAUGGAGUGGUGCCAUCAGCUAUCCAAUCCCGUAUCCUGGAAUCUAAAACGUGAUUUGUUGAGGCGACGGACAGACUGACACCCUUGUGUGCUUAUCAGCGGAUCAUUUAACCAAAGGUUAAUCCCACGCCCUAUUAUUUUUGUGCUGAAACUGGUCCUGUAUCACAGCUUGAAGGCAUUGGAUAUCUGAGUCGUUGUAGCAAAAGGCUUGGAUUAUCCCCCCCCUCCCCACCUCAAAAUAAAGUUUACAGGACUGUCAGAAGUCCCAAACCUGUUUUGUUGUUA